CUCUGCUGUGGGGGAUCAAACUUGCCCACGAUCCUUAAGAUGGGUUCUGACUACGACUCUUUCGACGACGAUGUCGUUGAUGAGGUGUUGAUGGCUCUCGACAAACCAGUGACAAUUGGGCUGCAUGCUCGCCAGCAACAACAACAAAGGGUUAUUUUCAAUACAAUAUCCCAUACUGCGACAGAGCUGGAAUUGGAAGAUCUUGGCUCAGAUGCAUUUGACUACUCACCUGAGAGGGAACGGGAAAGGCCAUCUCAACCUGCACGUAACCAAGUGCGAAACUUUCAGCAGACCACCCUGUUAGGUCGCAUUGCGAGCCAAGCUCCUGAGCCUUUGGGGACACAGCCGCGCAAUUCUAGGGUCUUUCGCGCAGAUUUGCCUCCAGAAGCUCCGACACAUCAUGCACUUGAUACCGAGGCCCUGAAAACAUGGGUGUAUCCAACCAAUCUAGGUCCAAUCCGUGACUACCAAUUCAGUAUCGUCAAAAAUGGUCUUUUCAACAACACACUCGUGGCCCUCCCCACUGGUCUUGGAAAGACCUUCAUUGCAGCAACUGUGAUACUCAACUUUUUUCGUUGGACUCGAAAUGCUCAAAUGGUCUUCGUCGCUCCUACAAAGCCUCUGGCAUCUCAGCAAGUCGAAGCUUGUUUGAAUAUUGCUGGCAUUCCUCGCUCGCAGAGCACUCUUCUUACGGGAGAAACCAAGCCGGUACUUCGUGAGGCCGAGUGGGAGGACAAGCGACUUUUCUUCAUGACACCGCAGACAUUGAUGAAUGAUCUCUCAAAGGGCUAUGCUGACCCCAAAAGGAUCGUGUUGCUCGUCGUGGACGAAGCGCACCGCGCCACUGGAGAUUAUGCUUACGUCAAGGUCAUCGAAUUUAUCCGUCGAUUCUCCAAGAGUUUCCGCGUGCUUGCUCUCACGGCUACACCAGGAUCUACCGUCGAGGGUGUUCAAGACGUGAUUGACAACCUAGGCGUUUCACACGUUGAGAUCAGGACUGAGGAAUCAAUCGAUAUACGAAAUUAUGUCCACUCACGUGAAAUAGAUCGCGUCGUCUUGGAGCCAUCAGAUGAGAUGCUUCGUAUUAGUGAGCUCUUUUCACAAGCCUUGAAGCCUCUAUACUCCAAGAUAAGCCAGCAGAACAUUUAUAUCGGGCGCGACCCCAUGUCAAUAACAACCUUCGGUCUACUCAAAGCCCGGCAAGACUGGAUGAAGGGUCCCGGAAGGUUCGCUAACCAGGGGUUGAAGAUGAUGUUAAUGGCUAUCUUUACUAUCUUGCAAAGUCUUGCUCACGCCAUCAAGCUACUCAACUACCAUGGUAUUCGGCCAUUCUACGAUAACCUGGUUGCAUUCAGGGCUGAGACAGAAGAGAAGGGGCAGAAAGGCUCCAAGUACAAGCGGCAGCUGAUCGGCGAGUCGAGCUUCCAAGAAAUGAUGGAUCUUGCAUCCAAGUGGCUCAAAAUUGACGGGUUUGCUGGCCAUCCAAAGUUGACACACCUCUGUGACAACCUACUCAACCACUUCAUGGAUGCCGGCGAGGGGUCGAGCACACGGGUUAUUGUCUUUAGCGAAUAUCGAGACAGCGCUGAGGAGAUCACCCGUGUCCUCAACGUGCACAAGCCUAUGAUCAGCGCCUCACUUUUCGUUGGUCAGGCAGACUCAAAGAAGAGCGAAGGAAUGAAACAAAAACAACAGAUCGAGACAAUUGCUAAGUUUAGAGAUGGGAUUUUCAACGUGCUAGUUGCCACAUCGAUCGGUGAAGAGGGUCUCGACAUUGGACAGGUCGACCUCAUCAUUUGUUACGACGCAUCCUCAUCGCCCAUCCGUAUGCUGCAGCGCAUGGGACGGACAGGAAGGAAGAGGGCUGGAAAGAUUACGCUCCUUCUCAUGAAGGGUAAAGAGGAGGACAACUAUGCCAAAGCACAGGACAACUAUGAAAAGAUGCAGAGGCUUAUUUGUGAGGGCAGCAGGUUCAACUUUAGGCACGAUCUAUCAUCCAGAAUUGUUCCUCGAGACGUCAAGCCCGAGGUUGACAAGCGCAUGGUGGAGAUUCCUAUCGAGAACACACAGGACACCUCGCUGCCGGAACCCAAAGCCCGCAGUACUCGGGGUAAGAAGGCAAGCAAGAAAAAGUUCAACAUGCCAGAUGGUGUUGAGACGGGGUUUAACAGCGUAGCGUCAAUGCUCGGCAUUUCAGCCUCCAAGGCUAAAGCAAAACCAAACAAGUCACCCAUAAGAGUUGAACCCAAGGAGACCGAUGAGAUCUCUCCAGUGCCUCCUCUUGAGAGCGUCUUACUCAGCGCAAAAGAACUCGCAGAGCUGAACAAAAAGUAUAGAGACUUGCCAUUCUUUCACCAAGACACCGAAGAAAUCAGCAUGCCGAGCUUGACUGCCCAUCCGGAUCUACAGCGUGUGCUUCGGCCCACGGUUCACGUCAAGCACGGCUCGUAUACCAAACGGUGCGUCAGGCUGUUUAAGAAAUUGUCAAAUUCCCAGGGGAUCGAGACUAGGCAUACAAAACCACAUGGGCAUACCGACACGAGCAGAUAUUUGGAUAUACCCGCGCCUCCGUUUGCAGAAGAAACUGGCGAGGAUGUCGUCGUCGUGUCGUCGGGUCGCAAACGUUCCCUUUCGCCAUCAUCCGCAGCCAGCCCACCGCCGCCAGGUCGCAAGAGAAAAGCAAACGCUGCCGCGGCUCCAAGAUCAAAACGACAGUCGGUCGUGGACGAAUAUGCCUCUGAAUCCGAAGACGAUGGGCCACCAGAACGUCAAAGAAAAACGAGCGUUGCUGCGGGUUCAAGAUCAAAACGUCAAUCUGUUGUGGACGAAUAUGCGUCUGAAUCUGAAGCUGAUGCGGGCGCUCGGGACUCCGAGGACGAAGAAUCUUUGGGUUCACUCGCAGAUUUCAUAUCAGAUGGAGAAGCCAACGGCAAUUUUCCCAAAGACAUGACGGGCUUUACAUCAGACGAAGAUGACGACUACAGAAGUGGUACUCUAACUAAAUCCUUGGCAUCGGGACCCCUGCCAGGCCGUCAAGUACACCGGUCCUCAGGCGCGGCCUCGCAGGCUGGCACGGUAGCGCCAGCGGCACCCAAGCCGUUCUUCGUCCCGGCGUCUCUGCCGGGUACUCAACAGACGGAUGACGACGAGGAUAUGCCCGACAUUGGGGUUUUGGUAGGCAAGAAGCAACCAGAGACUAGAGUGCGUAAACCUGCCAAGAAAAACAACGCGGUGUUUCUGAGUAGUGACGAUGAUGACGAUGACGAUGACGACGAAGACGAAGUUCAGGCAGGUCCGGCAAAACGUGCUGUCCGCCGGCGGGUUAUUGAGGAUAGCGAAGGCGACUAA